AUGGUAGAAUUACGUCGCUCUUCCAGAGCAAAAAGCUCUAAUAACUACAAAGAGUCUGAGAAUGGCUCGGAUGAAGAAACACAGGUGCAAGAGCCACAAUUGAAGAAGCCGAAGCCUAGUGGAUCAGCCAGUAAACCUCAUGAGUUAGAAGUUGGAGACCAGAUCCCAGACUUGAAAUUGAAAAACCAGGAAGAUGAAGAAGUAGCAUUGAAGCAGGUGGUCAAGGAAAACAAAGUUGUCGUUAUUUUCUCGUAUCCUAAGGCGAGCACUCCUGGAUGCACCAAGCAAGCGUGUGCUUAUAGAGACAACUAUGAGGAACUAAAGAAGAUUGCUGCUGUUUUCGGCCUUAGUGCGGACACGGUCAAGGCUCAGAAGGGUUUCCAGACUAAACAUUCGUUGCCUUACGACCUGCUUUCGGACCCCAAGCGCGAGCUAAUUGAGCUACUGGGUGCCAAGAAAGACUCCUCCACGAAGCGCUCUCAUUGGGUUUUUGCAAAUGGGAAGUUGGUGGAUAAACGCAUUGGUGUGGCCCCUGAAACCUCCAUACCAGAGGCGGUGACCGUUGCAACCGAGGCUUACAAUUCGAAAGACGGGGAAAAGCCGAAAGAUGAAGAUGCAAAUGAUGAGGGCGAUGGAGCUGACUACGAUGGUGAAGAGGACGAGGACGAGGACGAAGAUUUUGCCGCAGAUGAUGCGGAGGAUCCCGAACUGGAGGAAAUUGGUCAAGAUGACGACGACGAGUACGACGAGAAAGCUUUGAAGAAGGACGAAGUCAAUGAAGGUGACGUCGACGUUGAAAACGCUGGUGAUGGUAGUGUGAAGGGUGAGAAAGAAGACCUCCAAGAAGGAGGCACCGAAGGGGAAGACGACUUGGAUGGGGAAGACGAAGAAAAAGUCGAGGUUCAAGAAAAAGAAUAA